AUGAAAAAGGUUAUAAUUUUCGGCUCUACCGGCAUGACUGGCCUGUGUGCUUUAGAGCACGCUGUUAAUAAAGGCUAUGACGUAACUGUCUUCGUAAGAGACGAAGCCAAAAUUCCGGAACACCUUAAGGGAAAAGUCAAGGCCAUUGUUGGGAAUGUCACCAACUACGAACAGGUUGAACCAUCAAUUGCUAAUCAGGAAGGAGUCGUUGUUGUACUAGGAACGAGAAAUGAUCUAAAGCCUACAACUGAAAUGUCUGAUGGAUUGAAGAACAUAAUACGUGCUAUGAAAAAAAAUAAUGUUGAACGUGUAUCUGUUUGCUUAUCUUCGUUUUUAUUCUGGGAUUUGGAUAAAGUCCCCAAACAGUUUCUUGACAUAAAUGCCGACCAUCAACGUAUGUUUGACGCUAUCAAAGAAAGCGGUCUUAAAUGGAUUGCUGUUAUGCCACCACACAUUACUGGUAAUUUAAAAUUAUACUAG